AACAUACUAGCAAUAUUAUGCGCUUUGCUUAUCAGAUCUAGCAAUUGAUAAUCAAGCCUUAAUGGGGUUUUAAUUAAUAAAAAUUUUCUCACCUGAUUAUUUACUAUCAAACAAACAAAGUUAUACCUACGAGAGUAUAAAUAGGUAAAUAGGCAUUCGGUUCCGAUCACUUCGUGCGGUUGCUAAAAUUUAAGAUGAAAUCUCACAUGUUUUUGUUUUGUGUUAUCUUUAUAAGUGUUUUUUCCAAUCCAAUUAAGAAUGAUUUUCCCAUACCGGCAGGUGCGGGGUUAAAUAUUUUUGAGUUCUUGGACCUCUAUGACUACACUCAUGAAGAGCACAGUGUGGUGACAGAAGAUGGCUACAUUCUGGGCCUUCACAGGAUAACAAGUUCCCCCAGAAACCGAGCAGAAGGUCCAAAACCUGUAGUUUUUCUUAUGCACGGUCUGGAAUCCAGUUCCAUGGACUGGGUAGAUGUUGGUCCAGAGUCGGCUUUGGGCCUUAUGCUAAGCGAUACAGGCUACGAUGUAUGGUUGGGGAAUAAUAGAGGCAAUACGUGGUCCAGAAACCACACUAGUUUAAGUGUUAAGGAUAAGAGGUUUUGGGACUUUAGUUUUCACGAAAUAGGAAAAUACGAUCUCUCAGCCUUAAUUGAUCACAUUCUUGAGACCACUAGGGUGAACAAUUUGACAUACGUAGGCCACUCUCAAGGGACUACGGCCUUUUUUGCACUAACAGCUUUAAAACCAGAAUACAACGAAAAAAUUAAUUUGAUGGUGGCUUUGGCACCAGUUGCUUACAUGGACGAUAUGACGAAUUGGGUCCCAAGGCUGAUGUCAAAUCCGAUUAACAAUUUAAUAAUUGGAUUUGGAAUUCAAUCCAUUCGCUUCUAUGAUAUUUUGCCACACAUUGAAUUAUUCACGGUUGUGGGAAAAAAAAUAUGUCCUGAUGGUUCGCCGUUACAGUUUUUGUGUGCUGAUAUUAUUUAUGCAGUUGCUGGAAGCAGUCCUCAAUUAAAUAGAAAUUUACUGCCCGUAUUUUUGUCCAAUACUCCUGCUGGUACAUCCUACAGACAAAUGAUGCACUAUGUUCAAGAACUUCGUUCAGGUCAUUUUAGGGCGUACGACUACAGUAUAAUAAAAAACCGAAAAAUCUAUAAACAAUCAACGCCACCUAGUUACAAUGUUACAAACAUCAAGGCACCCGUUGCUCUAUUUUACUCAGAAAACGAUGUUUUUGCUGCUGUUCAAGACGUCACACGUUUCGCCAACGAUCUUCCUAACGUUGUCAGCAUGAAUAAAAUUAAAUAUGGACAAUUUUCUCAUUUGGAUUUCUUGUGGGCGACCGACCUUAACGAAUAUGUCAAUUUCGAUGUAAUUAAUUUGAUAAAUAAGUAUAAUAAUAUCAGUGCGGACUCUUCAAAUUCGGCCGGGCUGGUACUGCAAUCGAGUAAUUUUAUACUCAUAACCAAAUUAUUAAUUAUUAAUAGUAUUAAUUAUUUAUUUUUAUAAAAUAUAUGAUUAUACA